AAUAAUUCAGGUACUCAUGACCUUCCUUCCUUCCCCUUUGAGAAAACAAUCUUCUUCCUCAUUCGAUCCAGACCAAUUAAAAGCUUUCCCCUUUCCCCCUUCGUCUUCUCGCUGUCAAGCUUCCACCUUUCUCCACCACUCUCACUCUCCCAAAUCUCAAUCGCUCUCUCUCCGAUCAAAAACCCUCUCUCAGAUCUAAUGUCAGAAGGGUACGCGAUCGAGCUCUACUUCGACCCAGCGCUGGAGAACCAAGUCCUCAAAGCCUGGAACGUCUUCGCCCGCCGCCAAAUCAGCACCAAGCUCAUCACCACCGAGUCCCGCCCCCACCUCACCCUCCUCUCCACCUCCUUCCUCGACUCCUCCAAGCUCGAGCCCAUCCUCAAAGCCUUCGCGUCCAAGCAAGAGCCUCUCCCUCUCUCCUUCUCCUCCAUCGGGAGCUUCUCCGGCGACAACAACGCCCUCUUCCUCUCCCCCACGCCCUCCCUCUCCCUCCUCCAGCUCCAGGCUCAGCUAAUCGACGCUGUGAGGAAAGAAGGUUUCGAGAUCGGCGAGGAGUAUCGUCAGGACUCGUGGGUCCCGUUCUGUCCCGUGGCGGUCGAUGUGCCUCGGGCUCGUAUGGCUGAGGCUUUCUCGGUGUUGAGGGACUUGAAGAUGCCCGUGAGUGGGUAUGCGAUGGAUGUUGGGGUCGUUGAGUUCUCUCCUGUUCGUGAAGUCUUCUCUUUUGCUCUUGGUAACAACUUGGAGUAGUCUUGAUUGUUCUCAGUUUGUGUCUUAAUGUUGGUUUUUUUAGCUUAUUGGGUUUAUGUAAUUUGAUGGAACAGUACAGAAAGCUAUGUACUUUGCUUAAGAACUUAGCUGUUUUGUGUCUGUUUCAGUAUUGUGUUGGAUCAGGUUUUAUAUAAAAGAUUUGAUCUUUCUUGUUC